AGCAAACUGAUGUAGCGUCCACCCUGUGACCAUGGCGGUGUUUCACGAUGAGGUGGAGAUCGAGGACUUUCAAUAUGACGAGGACUCGGAGACCUAUUUCUACCCCUGCCCCUGUGGGGAUAACUUCUCCAUCACCAAGGAUCAGUUUAUGUGUGGAGAAACAGUCCCAGCACCUUCAGGCAACAAAGAGUUAGUUAAAUGCUGAAGAAGCCCCCAGGAACCCAAAUCCUGAGCAGCAGGGAAGGAGCCCAGGUGGAUGGAUCAAGUGCUGAAUAGACAAGCUCUUCACAGGACAGCUGUCUGUGGCUGGCUCUUCCAUGUGGAUCUUCAUCAGCCACCGAAUUCAUCAUAAACACACAAGCCUGUGACGUGUCAGACCUGGAUUUCCUGUUCCCACGGAAUUGGAAGGAUUCCUAAUUCUCCAUCUGAGUUUGAAGGAAGAGCUGUAUAAACUGGUGCUUUUCCUUUCUCUCAGUUGCAUCAUUUCAGUAUCUUAAAACUAAUUUAUUUUCUGAAAACAGCAUCGUCCACUUCAAUCCUGAGGCUCUUUACUUUAUAAAGAUUUAUUAUUUUAUUUUUAGUUAUAUGUAUGUGUGCAUUUGUGUGGGGGUAUGUGCUUAUGAGUACAGUUGCCCAGGAAGGCUAGAUGAACUGGAUCUCCUGGAGCAGGAGUCACGGGCAGUUGUGAGCCACCCGACAUGGGUGCUAGGACCCAAACUUGGAUUCUUUGAAAGCACUAUGUGUUCCCCAACCUCUCUCUCCAUCUCUCCAGCCUGAGAGGGUGUUUAUUUUAAAUGAUUACAUUUUGACACAGUUGCUGAGAUGAUUCAGAUGAGGCCUUUCUCUGUCAUUUGCUUUGUUGGAAAUUUAAGGAAAUCUGUGCCUCUCCUGGUGCUGCACUCUGGCUCCUUUGCUAGCCAGUCACUCUGACCUUGUUGUGAUUUCAUUGUUCAUGUUCUCAGUCAUUUGUUACUCUUCCUUCAAAGAGUUCAGUGUGGUAUUGCAUUGUGAGGCCAUGGUUUCUCUGUAGCUUCCAAUUAGUGACUAAGGAAGGAAAAACCAGAGUGAAAUGGUAAAAGAAACAGCUCCUGAUACUUUGUGCUUUGCUGUGGAUAUUUGUAUGCUGUGAAUGUUUUGCUCUGAUUGGUUAAUAAAUAAAGUGCUGAUUGGCCAGUAGCCAGGCAGGAAGUAUAGGCGGGACAAAGAGAGAGGAGAAUUCUGGGAACAGGAGGGCUGAAUCAGGAGAUGCUGCCAGCUGCCACCAUGAGAAGCAAGACCUGAAGGCAGAACUGGGAAAAGGUACCAAGCCACGUGGCUAAACAUAAAUAAGAAUUAUGUGUUAAUUUAAGUGUAAGGGCUAGUCAGUAAUAAGCUUGAGCUAAUGGCCAUACAGUUUGUAAAUAAUAUAAGCUUCUGUGUGUUUACUUCGGUCCAAGCGGCUGCAAGACUGGCGGGUGAGAGAGAUUUGUCCUGACCAUGGGCCAGGCAGGACCAGGAAAAGUCUAGCUACAGUGCAUCCCUUAUGUCAGAACAGGAUGAAAAAAAAAAAAAAAUAGCCAAUGGAAAUAAAACUGGCAUCAGUGAGAGGUGUGAAGUCUGCCAGCUUGGCAAAUGAAAGUAUAUGAGUAAGUUUGCCAGGUUGGAACAAGUAUCUCUGUGUCUGGGCCUGUAUUUCAUGAAAUGACUGAAGGGAUUGCAUUUCAGACAUGGGUUGGGUUGAGUCUUCAUAGGGCAGUGGUUAUAACAUCACAGCCUGUGUCACACCUAGUCCUAAUAAGUGACAACCCCACAACAGAGGAUGAGCUUGAAAAUAUGAGCUGGCUCUAAACAGACAUGUCCAUGAGGGCACACCUAAUAAACCUGCACAUAACGGGUGUCCAAAUCAGAUGUGCACUCCUGUUAAGGGAUACUUCUCUUGAAAAGCUUGUGAAACUUGGCUAUUCAGAUGUGACUGGAGUCCCAGACAUUUCCAGAGCACCUCUGAGAACUGGUAAGUGGACCAGCUCUGUCUCAUGAGCUCUGUAGUCUUUACCAGGGCAUAUAGAUUCCUCAUUUGUGCCAUUAGGAGACAGGAUCAGAAGAUCCCUCAGCUGUCAGCUCAUUUCUGAUAUGGCUUCUUGCCAGCACUAAAACCUUUAUAAACUCAAAACUAAUAUGAAUCACAGCCAAUGGGAACUCCAUUUAUCUUCCAUAACAUUAUCAUACUGCAGUGUGAAAAGUUUUAAGUCAGUUCUUCAAAGGAUUCUGUAUAUAUGUUCACAUAUGCAUUCAGAUACAACAAAAAAAUCUUUUUAGAACUGUAUGUAUUAAUUCAUUAGAAUGACUUGCAUUUCCAAGCAAAUUCAUGUUUUCAUGAAGUUCUUAUUCCUCCAAAUACCAAAAUUUUACAUUAAAGGUUUUUGGUGUCAUGAUUUU